AUGGCAGGCCUCAAGUUACAUCAACGGCCAUGUGAAGUUUACCACAACCUUCAAUUAUCUAAUAACUCCAACGAAAUCAACAACAAUAGCAGCAACGCUGUUCCAAAAAACAGCAACAACUCUGACGCCAUCGGCAACUGCAUCAACAACAACGCUACCUACCAACAACGAUUUGCAAUCAGCAACAACAACAGCAUCAAUAAUUACGACAACAACAGCAACGACGCCGCCUGCAAAGUUAAUGUCGACAACAAUAUCAACACCACCGACGGCAUUAGCAACCGCAAGAUCAACAACGUCAUCGGCCGCAACUACAACAACAAUAGUAGCAACAACAUGGACAUCAUCAGUAACAACUCUGGCAGCACUACCAACUACAUCAUCGGCAACAACUACCUAAACUAA